AGAAGAAAGCCGGGGGACUGCUUGUGUCCACAAGCUUGAAAAGUUCAAAUCUAAAGCAGAGGCUCACAGGCAAAUACCACAUGGCUCCGUCCGGAAGAUGAUUCCAGCUGUCGUGAUUGCAUGAGGCCGGAUCAUGGAGUCCCUGCGGACCACCGUGGAACCGGCGGGAAGGGAGGUUCCUCACGUUCGCCUCGGGACUGACGCCGACCUGAAGAAUCUCUACACCUACGGGAGGAAACUGGGUCAAGGAAGCUUUGGGGUUGUUUACGAAGCCACACACAACGAGACAAGAACACAAUGGGCCAUUAAGGAGGUCCGCAGACCAGAGCCUGGGAGUUCAAAGGUCAAACUCCUGGAGCAGGAAAUCAAAAUCCUCAAACAAGUGAACCACCCUCACAUCAUUCAUCUGAAGGAGGUCUAUGAAACAGCCAAAAAGAUUUACUUGGUCACUGAGCUGUGUGUCGGAGGUGAGCUGAGGCACCUGCUGCAGAGGAAAAAACUCUUCACUGAGGACGAGGCCCGGCAGAUCAUCGGCAGCUUAGCCCACGCCAUCGUCUACCUGCACAAGAGAGACAUCGUUCACCGAGACCUGAAACUUGAGAACAUCCUUGUGAAAAACUCUCUGAACGAAGACGAUCGAAGCAGAAUUAACAUCAAGGUGACAGACUUCGGAUUAGCCAUCAAGACAGGCGGUGUGGGGAUUGAAAACAUGAUGCGGGACGCAUGCGGGACUCUGACCUACAUGGCUCCUGAGAUGAUGAGCGGGCGAGGUUACAGCCAUCUGUGUGACGUGUGGAGUGUGGGUGUUAUCAUGCACACACUACUCUGCGGGGAACCUCCGUUCCUGUGCAAAACAAAGACAACUUUACUGGAGGUGAUCAUGAAGGGAGAAGUCAAAUACGACGGACCCGUGUGGAGCACAGUCAGCCGUUCAGCCAAAGAGCUCCUCUCCUGUCUCCUGAAGGUGGAUCCUGGCUACCGCAUGUCGGCCAGUCAGCUUCUGGAAAACCCCUGGAUCACUGGUGAUAUGAAUGGUCCCGCACUUCCGACCAAUGUGCUUGAGUUGAUGCAUCACUACCUGGAACAGGAGGAAAAUUCACAAAACCAGAAGGAUGAAUGGAUCACAUCUGCUGCGGACGCUGUGGACAAACCACUCUCUAGCAUCUCAACUAUCGCGACCCGCACGUGUCAGGAAGAUGCUGAGAUCUGUCCCGCAAAAAUGAACGGCCUCUGUGAAGCAGCAGCUAAACUGGAAAGCAGUGACCAGAACGGCGCCACCAAAAUUAAAAACGGGUCUCUACCUCGCACCACGUCUGCACAGGGCCAGGAUGGUGUGAAACUGUGCAGGCUGUCCACUGCAAACAUCUCCCAACCUCAGGAUGAGAGAGUGUCUUAUCUCAGCAGAGCAGACGACCUCGGACCGUCUCCCCAAAACAAGACUGGUUUCCACUGAGCCACCACUGAACAACAGAAGUCUGAUAUGACAUGUUAAAUCAGGAGGUGGAGGUGGUGAGUAAAACUGCUGUACAAAUACACUUAUGGUAUAUUGUUAGAGGUACUGUAAUUUUGGUGACACUGUGAUGAAGCAGGUUGUGAAUGUAAACACUGUGUCAAAUAUGCACUGUGACAACGGAGGCGCAGGGAACCACUGAAGUUGAACCAUGUUUGCUGCCAAAACCUCCCGGGAUGGAGCGAACACUGUCUGUCCGUCAGCAUCCACUUGUUUGUGCCAAACAUCUCCUUCAGUUGGGGACGUUUUUUGUGGAAUGUUCUUCUGAAUCUGAAGCUUGUUACCCGCUGCUUUACCUAUCAGCCUCUUGUAGAAACUGUGAACGUGU